AUGGAUUAUUCCACUAAGUUGAGAAACGUGUUUUUGGUUAUGGACACUAAGAAGGAGGGUGUGUUGAGUGAAGAUAUGGUAUUGAUGGCACUUCACUCUAUUGGAUUUGUGGUACCGGCUGACGUUAAGGCUGAGCUCAAGCCCAUGAACUGUCAAGAGUUUGUUGCCUUUGGCACCAACUUGGCCAAAAAGCUUCCUUCCGACGGUGGCCUCUCCGAUUUGUACAAGUCCCUUGCCACUGGCAGGUCCAAGACUAUGGACACUGGCGAAUUGAAGCAGGUUAUGGAAACUUUGAAGAUUUCAAAUCCAAAUGACGUUGAACAUCUUUUAAACGUGUUAGAUCCCAGGGGUGUGGGCCAGUUUGAUUGCGAUGCACUUUUACACGCUUUCAAAGCAUAA